GCCAUGUAUGGGCACAUGUCGAUGGCUGCUCGAUCGGGUCGGUUGAUUUGUGGGUCGCGCGGCGCCCUGUUGCUGCUCCUCCUUAUCUUGGUCGGCACCCUGGUCGUCCUCCAUAGGGUCGCCCAGUCACCGCUUCUCAAUCAGUACGAAAUUUUGCAGGAUCAUUUAGAGCGCCAGCAGAUCCAGAGCACUCGAUCCACUCGCGUUGUUCUCCUGUGGAACGAUUUCUUUGGGGAUCCACGAUGGAAGCUAUCCUGGGAUACUCUGGGACCGCAGGAGAUGCGGGAUGAGCUUCGGUGCCCAGUCUACCAGUGCGAGAUUAGCAACCAGCACGAAUUCCUGCCCGCCGUAGAGCUCUACGACGCCAUUGUCUUCCAUGCGGCGGAGAUGUAUCCGAUCCUGCGACCAGUGCCGCUGCAGAGGAGUCCCCACCAGGCCUACGUCUUCGCCUUGAUGGAACCGCCCGGGGAGACAAAGCACCGACUGGACGACGAACGGGGGUUCUACAAUCUCACCAUGACCUAUCGCCUUGACUCGGACGUCGUCUGGCCCUACGGGCAGCUCCUGGACAUCGAAACGGGUGCAGUGGUGGCCCCCAGUGAAAGGCCACAUUGGAGGAAACCCCCGGCGUCUUUUAACGACUCUGUGGUUUGGGAUCUCUGGUCCGGGAAAACGAAAACGGCCGCCUGGUUCGUCUCCCAUUGUGAAACGCUGUCAAAAAGAGAGAUCCUGGCCAAUAGGCUCCAGGAGUUCUUAAACGUGGAUAUUUACGGAAAAUGCGGUACCCACAGAUGCGCCCGCGGGGAUCCGCACUGCGAUGAGAUGUUGGACACGGACUACUUGUUCUACCUGGCAUUUGAGAACUCCUUGUGCGACGACUACGUGACGGAGAAGCUCUUUGACGCCCUGCACCGAAACAUAAUACCCGUGGUUUUCGGUGGAGCCGACUACUCGCGCAUCCUUCCGCCGCACUCGUACAUCGAUGCCAAUCGCUUCGAGACCGUGGCGGGUUUGGCUCAGUACCUGAACUUCGUGGGAGGAGAUCCGGCUGAGUAUGUCAGCUACUUCUGGUGGCGAAGACACUAUCGCUUGGCCUCAUCUUCCCCGUUUUGCGACCUCUGCGCCCGGCUCCAUGCCCCUGGUUUUGGCUACAAGACGCAGUCCUACGGCGACAUACAGUCCUGGUGGUUCAACAGUUGCCGCCUGGAGAGCCAGAUUCGGUUGUGACCCACAACUUGUGCGCGGAAUAGAAAGGGAUGGUUGCCACUACAAACGCACGGUCGGCCACGAAAGAGAGCGAGAUGUUAUGGGCGGACCUUUCCCCACCAUCAGUAGUUUUGGGCCCAAAUCAACACUAGUCUGUUCGUUAGCCUUGCCCAGAAAUUUGUGUUGAGUACACAACCUGGGAGAUAAGAUAUACAGGUUUCCGAUUCGAUAGCGGCGCAAAAUAACUACGAAAUUGGCCUCUAAUUGGCAUAUGACUCACCUGCUAACCAAUUUCACUUGCGAUUACAAUCGGCUGACAGAGGAGCAAAAAUAAUUUGAUAGCACUAGAUUUCACGAAAACUUUGGAAAAAUUUAAGCAAUGCUUACGAACUCGAUUAUCUUUACUCUUACGGAGAAUUUCCAUUUUUUAACUGGUAAACUUUGGGAUUUGUGAUUGUUGGUAUCGCAUUUAAGAACUGUACAAAUUUAAGUAUCUUUUUUGUUACAUUUUUGAAAUGUAUUGUGAUAAAAAAUUGCUAUAGUUACUUUUCUUACUUCACUUAGCAAUGCAAGAAACCACACA